AAAAAGAAAAGAAGGGAGGUAACCCCGUACUACUAGACAGUUGUUAGUUGCCGAGGAACAUCGUGGAAGCAUGUUGUCCCGCAAUCUUGUCGCAGGUUUCCUCUUCCUGGUUUGUUUAUUAAAUCUAAUUAAGGCCGAAGCCGAUGUGAAAGAACAGAGUUCGGAGGCAAAAGAUACAGCGGAAAAAGUCCAAGUAGACGAUGAAAAAAUUGAAUAUGCUCGGGGUUCAGUUUGCGGCUACUGUGAAUAUUGUAAGUUCUGCAGCCUCUGUGAUAAAGACUGCCCCUGUUUAGUAUCUCCUCAGAAACCCAAUUGCGAAAUGUGUAAAUAUUGUAAAUACUGCUAUCUUUGUUCAGCUGUCUGUGACACCUUCUGUAAACCUGGUGGAUAUGUUGAUAAAGUAUCAGCUGCUAUCAUCAGUGCAUUGCCAUUCCAUGACACCAAGGAAAUUAACAAAGAUAUUCACUCAAUGAAGAAGUGGAUUGACAAAACUAAAGAAGAACUUUAAUUUAAUGUCUGUUUCUUGUGUGUCUUGUACAUUCAUACAUGUUGAUGACACAGUUAUCAGAUAUAUGUAUGUGUUUUUGUGAAAAAAUAACAUUGCAUGUUCUAGGAAUAUAAAAUGUUGUUCUUGUUUAGUCACCCUGUCACUUUUACUAAUUAUACAGAAUGAUCUUGCAAAGAAAAUCACAGAACUUCCCUCGAAGUAACGGGAAGUUUGUAUUUCACUUGUUUUCCAUCAGUCACUCUCCACAAUAAGCUGACAAACCAUUUACCGUUCACUUGGUCAGUGGUUUGAGACAUUUUAAACACAGAUUUGUCGUAAUCAUUUUUCUACUUUACAUUGUUGGAGAUUUUCAUAUCUUAACUUAUUGAGAAUAUUUGUAUUUUUAUUAUCAUCAGUUGUUGUCAUUUAGCCCUAGGCCCUUAAAUGAUCAGACAGGCCUAUGGUCAAAAACAUUCUAUUUAUGGCUAUCCUGUUUGUUUUCUAUAUCUAGGGUACAUUGUCCAAUUCAUUUUUUUUUUGUCUUUCUUUUUUUCGAGAUGGUAGAAUGUGAUUGGAAGGAGAAUUUAUAGUUGUUUGAGACGGUGGGUCGCAGAACUAGUAGAGCAACAGAAAAAAGACGAUUUGUGAUGCUAACUUGCAUUUCCUCUUUACUUUCUGAGUUCGAAUGCUGCCGAUAUCAACUUCGCAUUUCAUCCAUUCAGGAUCGAUUCAACAAACACCGGUCAAGCACUGGAGUUUACUUAAUCAACCGAUCCUUUCCCCACCAAAAAAUGUGGCCAUGUGCCUAUCUUAGAAAUCAUUCAUUAUAGUAAUUGUUGUUUUUUUUAAAUACUGUUUAUCUGGAGAUAUGAUCUUUGUUCUGUUAUGUUCACCAUACAUUUUUUACUAACCAGACAAACUUACCUGUUCAUUGUCUCACCUUAAGGGACAACGAACAGGCCAGUGGAAGAUACUGGUCUAGCUGCUGUGUAAUAUUCUCUUCAUUUGACUGAAGAAAACUAUUUCUAACUACAUUCCUUUUUUUUUUACUUUUCUUAAAGAUUGUAUUAUUAAACUACUAAAAACAA